AUGCUUAUAUUGUUUAAUAUUGUUAUUGAUCACACGAGAUUGAACGGUUUUAAUCUUAUGAUUCAAAAAUUAAGGGGCUCACGAACUGUCUUUCUACCAAGUCAUUCUACCAAAACGUUAGAAUCAGCUCAAUUAUUAGAAACACUACAAAAUUUACAACUUGCACCUGCAUGCAAAAAUGCAAAUGAUAAAUCGUUAAGAUAUGAAAUAGAUAUCAAAGCGAACACCAUGCCAACUUUUGAUCAACUCAAUUGGUUUUAUCAAUCAACUUCACAAGGAAAGUUUUCAAAAAUAUCUUUUAUAAAAGGGUUUCCAUUUUUACAAUUUACUAAAAUUAAAACAUUGAGUAAUGCAAGUAUUGCUAGAAUCAAAAUCUAUGAAAAUGUAUUACCCUCUAGAGAUGAUUAUAAUUAUUUAAUAUCAAAUAAUUCUUAUGAUAUUUUAAUUCAGCAAGAUCACAUUGACCCUCCUUUAGUUGUUGAUUGGUCUGAGAAUUUAUUCUUCAGGAACCAAACAGAUUUUAUAGAAAAAAUCUUAAAAUUAGAUCCAAAUACCAUUUGA